AUGGAGAAGGAAACAAUCUCAUACAAGCAAGACUCCCUUAGGAACAGCUAGCACAAACUGAUAGUGUGCAUGAAAUACUUGCAUGGGAUUGUCCUUCAUUUGAGAACACGACAUUUCAGCUGCAGGUGAGACACACAGAGCACUAUGUCACUGGCAUCCUGGUUCAGGUGGAAUGAGCCCCCAAACCGCAUUUCCCAGAAGAACCCCACAGAAAUGGUGGUUGAGACGCUAAUGAUGGAGCUGAACUGGCAGAUCAAGCAGGCAGAGAAGCAGCAGCGAGAGCGGGAGAAUGAGUAUCGCAAGAUCAAGACUGGGGUGGACUACGGCUGGCUGGUCAGCUAUCCAAAGCAGAGCUAUGAUAUCAGCCCAGCAGAACGGCUGCAGCUGGAGGAUAUGUGUACCAAAAUACACCCUUCCUACUGUGGGCCUGUCAUACUCAGAUUCCGGCAACUCGUUGCUGAAUAUGAACCAGAAGUGCAGGAAGUGUCCCGGCUUUUCCGCUCUGUCCUGCAGGAAGCUGCUGAGAAGAUCAAAGAAGAGGAAGAGGCCAAGAAGCUUGCCAGGCAAUGGAACACAAAGAACAAAACCAGCCUCUCCUUAACAACAUUUAAAUCUCGGUCCAGGAUUUCCCCAUUCAUCAGUGGCAUCAAGACCAUCUCUGAGGAUGUGGAACGGGGCACCCAGCCCACCAGGAGGGUUUGGAGCAUGCCAGAAUUUCGGAAUGCCAAGGAUUACUGACUCUAUAGUGAACAAGGUUUUUAGAUAGUGGUAUUUCAAAAUCUCAGUUAACCCUUUUUUAGCUCUCCUGUGUCUUCUUUGUUCCAGCUUUCUCUUCUUGCCUGUCUCUCUCUUGGAAGCUGUGUCCAUAGUAACUGCUGC